GUGACAGUAUAUAUACAUCUGUCACUCAGCCCCAGCCACAUCUCCUCAACAAGUCACAGAAGCCACUCACCUGGGGUCUCAGCAGGAACUGACAUCCCAAGCAGGAUGAAGCCUUUUGUUGCCAUCAUUUUUUGCUUCUUGGUCCUGGGAGUUGACAGCCAAAGGUGGUUCCAGUUCAUGAAAGAAGCUGGCCAAGGGACUAGGGACAUGUGGAGAGCUUACACUGACAUGAGAGAGGCCAACUGGAAAAACUCAGAUAAAUACUUCCAUGCACGCGGGAACUAUGAUGCUGCCCAAAGGGGACCAGGAGGAGCCUGGGCUGCUAAAGUGAUCAGUGAUGCCAGAGAGGGUUUUAAGAGGAUCACAGGACGUGGAAUAGAGGACUCAAGAGCUGACCAGUUUGCCAAUGAAUGGGGCCGGAGUGGUAAAGACCCCAACUUCUUCCGACCUCCUGGCCUACCUAGUAAAUACUGAGUUUUAUCUUCAUGUUGUUCCCAGCCAUGUAGUCCCCAAGGACAGAGGCACUUACAGAGUUAGUUCCCAAACUCUGGAUGUGUAAGCACCCCACAAUGGAGAAUAAAUACUUGUGAAAUGCCA